UUGAUGUGGAAGCUGUGUGCCUGCCAAAUUCAGUCAAGUGAAACUCAUGUUUGACAAAUGUGAAGCUGCCGGAUUGGAUCACAUGUGUUUAGGUUGCGGGAUUCUCGUGGAAUCCGAGAGUUGUGAUUGAGCUUUAAGUGUAGAGGAGUUGGAUUCUGUAAUCAAAAGGAGUAGUGAUUGAGCUCUUUUAGUCUGGAGGAGUUGUGUUUCAAGGACACCGGUGAAAGUUCGGAGUUCGACGAGAAGUGACUGAUGAUGAGCUGGAUUUCGAAGUAAUAUUGAUCGAGUGCUGGUUGGCACUGAUUUCCUCAGUGUUAGUUCGAAGGGUCGAAUCUGGAAUCGGUGUGAGUGACAAGCUGGAAUUUGCGUGGGUUGUUUCUGUAGGGUGGGUUGCAACUAUAAUUGCGUACAAGGGGUUUAGGGAGGGGUUUUAGUAUUCUGAAGUAGCAAGCCGAUUUUACGUGAGAGGGACGUUUUGAAGAGGGGAAAGCUUGCUGGGAAAUUUUCUGGUUCAAAUCGAAGAAGAUAAAAAUGUUCAGCUGCUUGGCAUCGCGAAUUUUUUUUGCAAUCGAAACGAAAGUGUGCAUCGCUCGACUUUUUUCUUUCAGGCUGGAGCUCAAAUACUGGGCUGAUUAGAGUGCUGUUGGAGACAAAAUCCGGAAACGAGAGCUUGCUUACAAUAUUCAAAUUAAAGAUCAAUCGCGUGCCUCCACAAUUCGGAGAAAGAAGCGGAAAAUUUCGAAGCAAGAUUUGUAUGGCCUUCGCAGGCGCCAAUGUCAGACCAGCUUGAAACUAACAAACAACCAGAGAUUCAAAGACCCCCUGACUCAAAUCCUAACGCAUCGAACUCCACCUACCGGGGUAUACCCAACCCAGUCACCGAAGUCUCCAUGAUCAUAAACGCGCUGACGAAUGCUGCAGGACUGCUUGAACCAUUGCAAGUGCCGGAACACGGCUAUGGCGCACAAUGUGCCAAGACUUUCCGAAUGGUGUCAACGACACGAGGCUCACAGUCAGAGCAUGUAGACGUCGCUGGCGCAUCUGCAACGCCGUGGUUGCCAAUCAAUGCGGAGUGGAGCGAGCAGACCCCGCAAAGAAGCAGCCCUAGCCACGCCCAGGACAACUCCCCCCAGUCUGCCCAGUUCCGUGAAUCAAGUUGGCAGCAACAGCAACAACAGCAGCAACAGCAGCAGCAGCUCCAGCGUCCUCUUGCCCCGUUGCAGCCUCGAGAGUCCCAAAUGCACAGGACAGGGUUCGAUCAGGACUCGAGCGGCCACUUUGCUGGAGCAGAAGCCGAGGCGGUGCACAGCCUGGAGCCAGAGAAGAAGCGCAAGUUCCGCGGCGUGAGACAGCGGCCGUGGGGGAAAUGGGCAGCCGAAAUCCGUGACCCCAAGAAGGCUGCACGAGUGUGGCUGGGAACAUAUGACACCGCGGAGGAGGCCGCGCAGGCUUACGAUAAUGCAGCCAAGGAGUUUCGGGGAUUGCGUGCCAAGUUGAAUUUUCCCGAUGGGGAGCAUCUGGGCAUCGGAACGUCUUCGAGGAUAAGCUCCUCAUCGAGAACAGCUCGCGGACCAUCCAGCGAUUCACCUCGCGCCUCGUCUGAUGCAACCUCCGGAUCUCUCUUUGCGCCUAACGCAAGGCAUCAACUCUCUAUUGUCGAAUCGUUUCUUUACAGUGAUUCUCAUUCGGUUCCUGAGAAUUCAAGCUGGAAUUCUCCGACUCGCACUUCCUCGAGCACAGACCACUCUCCAGCUUACUCUGCGCCCGCGACGUCCUCCGAGACACCUUACUUAUCCGGGUACUCUUACUUUCAACCUGAUUCUGGGUCGCCGUCUUAUUACAAUCAAUUGGGUCCGUAUCAAGAGCGUCGGUCGUGGCAGGAGACGCCUAGCUCCUCCGGUCACCAAACCAUCGGCAUGCACAACGAUUCAGCGGCUGAUAACCGGAGCCCUUCGAACAUAUAUCAGCCAACUUAUUCAAGCACUCCAGAUGAGUACUCCACAUCGGGAUCGUUCAUGGCAACUUCGUCAAGUUACAUGAAUUUGCAUGAUCAGGAAGCAAUCGACCCCUACAAUUGGGCACCUCAAUAUGCGUCGAAUGAAUCAGACCGCUAUUCCUGUUUCCAGAAUCUGCAAAGCUCAAGUGCACCGGAGCUCUCGUACGAUCAGAUCUUUGAGCAGGACUCGGGUGCUUUGCCUUCUUCGAACACAGGAAAUCUAUCACCUAGUUAUUACUUUCCAUUCUAUGACAGGCAACAGCAAUUUAUUUGACCGAUAAUAGGACAAUUAACGGAUGAUCAUCUCCGACGGAAAGUUUUUGAUGUGGCGAUGAUCAUUCCAUUUAUUUGAUUUAUUGGUGGGCACAGGUUAGAAUUUAUGGGUCUUUUGUUACACAUUCUUUACAGAAUAAAUGAUUAAAGUUGGAGCUUGGACGAGUUCCAGUUGAAAAAAAGUCGAGAAUUGGAAUAGCCAUUGAUGGAAGGAAUGAAUCUCAUAACCAAAAAAAACCUCUGACUGUCAUCAGUAACGGUCAUAUGGGUGCCAUGUAAUAUGGAUUCAAGUUCAAUUUUCAGCCUGUCCGCCCUGGCGGAUCGAAAUUCGGCGUUCACUCUA